ACCCUCCUCUUCUUCUUCGGAAUCAUCUUCAUCAUCUUCAUCAUCUUGGGUUCCUCAUGGAACCCAGUGCUAGGUUCAUAAGGAACCUAGCACGAGGAACCUAGUGCUGGGUUCAAGGAACCCAGAUUUGGGUUCCUCAUGAAACCCAACAUUGGGUUCGUGAGGAAACCAAAGCUCCUCGUGGAACCCAUAUGGGUUCCUCUCAAAACUCAGCAUUGGGUUCCGUGGGAGAACCCAGCACUGGGUUCCGCGAGGGAUGCAAUGAACCCGAUAUGGGUGAUAAGUUUGGGUUCAUCGCAAAACCCACAUUGGGUUCAUUGCAUCCCCCGCGAAACCCAGUUCUGGGUUCUCUCGUGGAACCCAAUGUUGGGUUUUGAGAGGAACCCAGAUGGGUUCCACGAGGAGCUCUGGGUUCCUCGCGAACCCAGUGCUGGGUUUCAUGAGGAACCCCGAUCUGGGUUCCUUGAACCAAGCACUGGGGCAAAGAUCGAGGUUGAUGAUAUGAGUUGUAUGGUUAUUGCAAGUAACUCCUCUCCAUCUGCAGCAAUCGAAGUUGUUGUAUUUCCAUGAGGGCAGAAUAUCAUCAAAAUCAACAAGGCCUUUCUUGAAGCUGAGAAGAGCUAGCCUUUCCCUCUCAAUGCAUAUGGCUCUUGUGUUUCUUGUUACAGCUAACAGAAAGAGUAACUUUAGAAAUAAUGCUCUCAGAAGGUGAUGGGAUCUACUUGUUUCUUGGGAAGCAUUCAUGUUCAUAUUCGGAAAGAUGAGGGAAGAAAUUAUCUCAGAGGAGUAUUACGAAAUGCAUGAAUUGUGAGGAUUCUGUACUCCUAUAAUAUAAUUAUGCAUAUGAUGUAAUCUUUUCCAAGGAACAAUAUUUUUGUGGUCAACUGGUUUGGCUUGAUAGAUCAUCAUUUUCUACAAAAAAUUGGAAAAAAAAUGAAAAAAUGGGGUAAGU